AUGGAGCAGAACAAAAAGAUUGACACGCCGGUGAUAGUGGCGGCUCCGGCAACCGAGACACGAAACAAAGAGGUUCGUUAUAGAGGGGUAUUAAAGAGGCCAUGGGGAAGGUAUGCUGCACAUAUCAGAGAUACUAAAAUACGUAUAUGGCUUGGCACAUUUGAUACCCCGGAGGAAGCUGCCAGAGCCUAUGAUGCAGCAGCAAGGGAGCUUCGCGGUACAAAGGCCAAAACCAAUUUUCCUCGGACGCUGAUGCCGUUAAAUCUCAGCAACCACGGCGGUGGAUCCUCCGUUAGUACUGCUGCGAGUUUCACGGAUCUCAAACAAACCAAUCAAUCUCGCCGUUUACCUAUUACCGGAGUUUCUGCUCCGACGGCUGCGCGUGAUUAUCGUUAUUUGGAGGAUUUAACUGCGGCGGAAGUUAGUAACUGCGAACCAAGUAGUCAAAAAGGGACGGUGGCUUUCUUAGGUGGGGGUGAUAGCGUGAGUGGGUGUCCAAUGCAGAGUGAGUCUGAGUCAGAGUCGAUGUUCAGCUACAGCUUUAACCAUGUAGAGAAACCGACCAUCGCCACCAAGGGUCUCCAUUUGGACCUUAACCUUCCACCGCCACCGCCGGAGAACAUGUGA